AUGGAUGCUCAAGAAGAUUAUGCAAUGCCGGGAAAAAGUCUGUCAUACGGAUAUUGGGCCACUGCAGUUCACGACCAGAAAUACAUUGCAGCCCGAAUGUAUCGUGAACUUCGUGGUAUCCAAACUGAUGUUAACUGGAAGAAUGUUUUGUACCACAAUGGAGCUAGACCCCGUGCACGGUUUAUGUUAUGGAUGGCCCUCCAUGGAAGAAUUGCAACCAAGGAUAGAUUGAUAAGGUUUGGUAUUAAUGUUGGUGAUAACUGCUGUUGUUGGUGUAAGAAACAUGAGACACUUGAACAUUUAUUUUUUGAAUGUGACACCACCCUAAGAAUAUGGAUGGAUCUGCUAGCUUGGUUGGGGUUCUAUAGACAACCAGCUGGAUGGAGGAAUGAAAAAGAUUGGCUCAUCAAAGAAACAAAAAAGAAAGGAUGGAGAAAUCAAAUCCUAAAGAUUCUAAUAGCUGAAACGAUAUACGAGAUAUGGCGAAGGAGGAAUGAAAUUAUUUUCUCCAAUAGCUCCACUGAUAAUCUUGUGGAGAGGAUCAAAACGAAUACUGUGGUGCGUUGUACUAUGCAACGGAAAUUAGGGGGCAUGUGA